AUGAAUUUUAAUCUUCAGCAUCGUCGAUACUUGGAUAAGAUCAGAGCAAGUGUAUUUAAAAAACAAAACGAACACCAACAGCAACAACAGCAACAACAACAACCCACAUCAAGUUCACAGAUUGAUGAUAAUGAUUUAUCCCUUAUUCCUAUAACAUCUCCACCAGAUAAUCCUGAUGAAUAUCCAUCGACUUUUUUCUUAAGUCCAGUCACAUCCAAUGAAUCAUAUAAUGCAUAUUCGGACCUGUCGGUCAUAGGGCAAGGAUUUAAUCAUAUCGAACCACAAUCACCCGCAUCAUCAGUGGAGGAUAUUGUUACUGAUAGAGAGGAUAAUAAUGUGGAUGAUGGUUAUGAUGUUGUAAUGGCAGAAGCCGAAGAGUUUGAACGUCAAUUAAAUGAAGAAGAAAAGGCACACCAUGAAGUAGAAGUAAUUGGAGGAGGAGAAGAAGAAGAAGAAGAACCAUUUUCACCAUUACUUUCUUAUCCCUUGGAGAUAUUGUAUACAAUUCUUGAAUAUGUUUAUGUGGAUAAUGAUAUUUCAUCUAUCAAUGCCAAUUUGGAAAAAUUCGCCAAUACUAUUCCUUUGUUACUGAAGAAAUUCCACCAUUUGUCACUUUGUUUCUUAUACAAGUAUACUAUUUUUAAUCGUCCUCAUUCAUUUGAUAAAUUCUUGAAUAAUUUAAUAAGUAACCCGAUCAUUGGGAAAUAUGUGGAGUUUAUGGAUUUCCAACAAUUCACAUCAAUUGGUUUAGGAAGAACAGGAAGAAUGAAUCAAGAAAUUCAAAUGGUUACUUAUAAAACCAUUUCAAAAGCAUUAUCCAUGACUCCUAAUUUGUUGGAGUUUUUAGCAUCAGAGAAUAUCCAGGAUGAUUUAAAUGUUACUGUAUUGGAUUAUUUGUUUAACAAAUUACUCAAGAUUAAGGCAUUAGAUUUUUGUGGAGCAAGUAGUGAAUUAUUUGCUCAGGCAUUUGAUGAAUUACAAAUAACUCGUGAUGAAUUGUCAAUAACAAAACUUUCAUUUCAUGAUUGUUCAAACUUAUCCAAUGAAGUAUUCAACAAGAUUUUCCCUCAUUUAACCAAUUUAAGUCGAUUGGAUUUGAAUCAUACAUCUAUUACAUCAAAUAUCUUGUUGAAGUUGCCAACAAAUAUUCAAUUGACUCAUUUGUCACUUGCAAGAUGUUCUAAAUUGACAACCAAAGAUUUGAUUAAUUUUUUGGUUAACCAUCCAGCAGUUAAUAGGGGAUCAUUACAAUGGUUGAAUUUACAAAUUGAUUCAAAUGUUGUUAGUCCACUUUCAGAUGUUUAUUUGUUGUACACUAUGAAGAAUUUGAAUGCACCAAAUUUGAAAUACUUGAAUAUUGGUGGAAUGCCAACUAAUUAUAAGAUUCUUUUAACCAUUAGAGCCAAAUUCCCCCAAUUGGAGAGUUUAAACAUUAGUCAUGCACAUGUUACUGUUGAGGAAUUAAAUGAAUUUAUGAAAGAUAAUACCCAGAUGAAAUUCCUUGAUUUAACAAGUAUCAAAUCUGUUGGUUCGAAUAUGACCAUGUUUAUGAGGAAGAAUUUUAAAAGUGGACUCGAAGCAAUUGAAUUUGAUUAUAAAGUAUUGUAUGAUUAUACAUCGAGUGGAGAAUACAUUACUGUUCAACCUAUACAAACUUCAUAUGUGGAAGAAUUGGGUCGACCAGCUACUUGGAAAUUUUAUGAUAAUGAAGGAAGAAGAUCAUGGAUUUAUAAAACUGAUGAUGUUUGUAAGAAAUCAAAACAAAAUUUAAAUACAUCAAAUUUAGUAUUUUAUGAUUUAGAAACUGGGAAUAAGAUUGUGAAUUCUGUUAAGAAACCAGAUUUUUUAAAAUAUGCUAGUCGUAAGAUUAAUUGUUCAAUUGGAUAUUAUAAUUUGAAUGGAUACAGAAGUAAAAAGAAUCUUGAUGAAUCUUAUUGUUGGCCAGUUGAAUUUAGUCAACGAGGUAUCUAUAAUUAUUAUUCAUUAAAUGUUAAAUGA